UCUUUAAAAUCCCAAUGACCUAAUCCAAAUUCAAUUCCAAUUCCAACUCCUCUCUUCUUUUGUCCUUUAUUAUUUUUUUUCACGAGAAAGCAGCAGAAAGCGAAACCCUGAAACCCUCGAACGGCGUCGUUUGAUUCGUCUUCUCCACCUCCCACCUCAAACUCAAACCAUGAGCUCCUUCUAUUCUUGUUUUUCUUGACACUGGGAAUCCCGCGCUGCAUUUACGAAGAGCAAGAAACGAAGAAGAGAGCGACGACGAUGGAGAAGCAGAACAAGAAGAUGAACGACCGCGAAGACGACGACGUUUUGGAGCCGCCGAUCAAUUUCUCGAUGGUGGAGGACGGCAUUUUCAGAUCUGGCUUCCCUCAACCUGCCAAUUUCCCCUUCCUCCGCUCCCUCAACCUCCGAUCAAUCAUAUAUUUGUGUCCUGAGCCCUAUCCUGAGGAAAAUUUGGAGUUUCUUCGUGCGCAAAACAUUCAGCUCCUACAAUUUGGAAUCGAGGGGAAGACGGAUCCUGCCAUAUUGAUUCCCAAGGAUACUAUCUUGGAGGCUUUGCAAAUCUUGAUUGAUGUGAGGAAUCAUCCUGUGUUGAUCCACUGCAAGCGUGGAAAGCAUCGAACGGGUUGUCUUGUUGGUUGCCUGCGGAAAUUUCAGAAUUGGUGUUUGUCCUCUGUGUUUGAGGAGUAUCAGCGAUUUGCUGGGGUGAAGUCAAGGCCGACAGAUUUGAGAUUCAUAGAGGGAUUCAACAUAAUGCGCCUGAGGCAAUGCCUUUACAGUAUUAUCUACCAGUAUCAAGGUUACGGUUCUAACAAAAGGCGAUUGGUGUACAGUGAUGAGAGUCUACAGAAGCCCCAAACCAUGAAGGUUUAACUUAGCAUGGAGUUGGAGGACCCCUUAUCCUGAUUUUGCUUUCUACUAGUCUCAUUUAGACCUCUCUUUGUUGCGUACAAUAUAUGAGUCAAGACAGUUAUUAUCCUUGUCUCCACUUUUACAAAGCUUAAAAACAUCCUCUCACCCUUGAUGAGGGUAUCUGCAUAAAUUGUUUCGGAAAUGUGAUAGCAACUGGUGAUUGGUACAGAUCUAUUUUCCUCUGUACAAAACAACAUGAUUUGUUCA